UCGAUACCGACCAACCGCCGCGGUUAUUGUAUUUUUGGAUCAAUUAUAAUAGGAAAACACCGUCGUUUCCGUCCGCAGACAUGGAUACGUCACUGCUAUGGUUAACAGUCUUGGGCUGCGCAAUGUGCACGGCCAGUUCGGAAGUUCCGCCAUCCUCAACUUCCGAAGUCUCCGGUUUCCGGAUGAUGUUUAAUGCGUACAGACAGUGUUCGGACCAACCAGAAAUGGUCGUAUGCCUGAAGAGCAGGGCACUCCGGAUGUUGGACAGAGCCAUUCAUAUGGAAAACAUUCAAAUAACUGACGGUAUAUCUCUGGUGAAAAAAUCUGAAAAUAACGGCAGAUCGUUGGAGGUAGACAAUAGUGAAGUGGCUGAAAAUGUGAUACCCGAGAAUUCAGCGGAUUUCGGUAAACAUGUGGACUCGAUGUUGUAUGAAAAACUGUCCAGAUUCGCCAGGUCAAGAUCGCUUCAGCUGUCCAUGCCACAGAUGUUCGAAGAAAGCAGGGACCUCGAUGAUGGCCGCAAGAAGAAAAAGGACAAGGGCGGCCAGGUGUACCUGAUGAUGCUCAAGGGCGGUCUGCUAGCCAUGGCGUACAAGGGCCUGGCGCUGUUGGCCGGCAAGGCGUUGUUGGUGAGCAAGAUCGCGCUCACGCUGGCCAUUCUGGUGGCGUUCAAGAAGCUGUUCAGCGGCGGUGGCCACGGCGGCUCGUCCAAGACGACGUACGAGAUCGUCAAGCAGCCGGUGAUGACGCACUCGCAUCAGUACGCCGCGCCCGGCGCCGCCGACACGUUCGGCAGCUACGACAACAGUGGACCAUACGCCCGAAGCAUCGCGCAACCGGACGUCAUGCCGUACCCGCAACUGGCCGCGUACAGGGCCCACGUCAGAGGCAUCGGCGGUGGAGGCGGUGGCGGCGGCGGUGGCGGUGGUCCCGCGAUGAUGUCGUCCGCGGCCUCGUCGCCGUCCGCCGUGUCCGGAGGCGUGCAACACGAUUCCGGUCAGAGGGACGAAGCACUCUGAAGUCCGAACAUGUUCCGGACACACGCACGAGUUUCUCGGCCGAUCCCGUCGCAUCGGCCGCCACUGCUCACCCCACCACAACCACCUUAUAUCAACAUUAUCAUGAGAAAUGAUAACAGAAUAUUAUUUUCAGCGUAACGCUGUCCUGGGAACCCGUCCAAGACUUCGUAAUUGAAUACCGCUAAUUACACGUUUAUAUUAUUAUAAUAUCUAUAUAAAUUAUUUAUUUAUUUAUUUUAUUAUCGCUUUUUUAUAUUAUACACAUAGUAUUAACGUAACUAUAAUUAUUUUUUUGUUUUAUCAUAAUAUUAUUUGCUCUACUGAUUUCCGAUAGUAUAAUUAAUUUUGUUAUGAAUAACUGAUUGUGCUCAAUGUU